CUUUCUCGUUGUUCGGCCUGAAUAACUUGUACAACAUCUUAUAGGUUAUAAUUCCUCUGCGUAUAUCCUAAACGGUCAGUACUCCAGUGUUCACUUAAUCGACAUUGUUCGCGACCACUGCUCUUGCCAUUUGACGCCAAAUAUGCCUGGGCUAUCACUAGCGCUACGCGCAUAUAUCAGAUAAAGUUUGCCGUGACUCAUGGCCAGUGACUUUCUAGAAGAGUUGCAAUAUUAUAGGCGCUACUGGUGAAGCCAAUAAUAUCGUUGGGCAAUGGGCACAGGGCAAUGGGCAUGCAGGCUGACCCCACGCUACAGCUUGGAGCUUAAACUAAGCUUUAAACUCACCACUCGACGGACAACGCUCUCAAUGUCCAACCCACAUCAGCCACCGCAUUCCGACAAUGGCAUGCACUGGACAUCCAAGGUCAUGCGGAGUGGAAGGCGUCAGCGCACUUUGUCAACCAUUGUCAACACUGUCACACUCUCAGGCUCACAAAGAGGAUCCACCUUGGGGAGAACGGUGACUACGGCAGCGCAUUCCGACGCUGUCUGUGAUGGCACCUCCAGUCAACAUGACGCAGGGCAGCUCGCGGGGAACACAAAGGUCUCGGAGUGCAUCACCCAGUCUAGGGAUGACCGUGACGAUUCACAGGCAUCCACCUCGGAACCUCCACCUCUUCCCGAAAUACAACUGGCACUAGCAGAAGAUCUGACUGGUCAGGUCUUCGGUUCGAUAAAUGACUACGUCGCCAGUGGUGCAUUCGGAACGUUUACAGAUGUGAAUGGAGACGGCCGUCGGGCCCUGUCAAGGUCUGGCCAGUGGGCAGUGCCGAUGUAACUUGCUGAUCGACCUGCUCGUUACCGCACUGCAGGUCGCAGUAAAAAACCUUCAGGCAUGACAUGAAUCGCGGCCUCAGAGCAGGACUUAAGAAGGUUUCGACGAGAAACUGCAAUAUGGGCACACCUUAUCCACGACAAUAUCGUCACACUUUAUGGAACGACAGAGGGAUUCGGGCCAACCACAGCCCUUGUCUCCCAAUGGUUUCCGGAAGGCACGCUGCUCCGUCUGAUCACAGAACAGGGUGCUGCAUUAACCAUUAAGUCCAAAUUGAAG